UAGCAGUCAGCACUAAGCUGUUUCAACUGUGAAUGCUGCUGGGUCAGGCAGCUCGGCAGUUUCGAGGUAGGCUGCACAAUUGCCUGAAACUUGCAUAGGAUGAAUACGUUUGCAAUGGUUACGAUGGCUUAUCAUUAGACACUACACUCAUCCCCCUUCCUGAGAGGGUCCUACUUGAAAUGGCCAAGUACAAGCUAGUCCUGCUGAGGCACGGUGAAGGGGCCUGGAACAAAGAGAACCGCUUCUGCAGCUGGGUGGACCAGAAACUGAGCAGCGAUGGGGUGAAGGAGGCCCAGUCCUGUGGGAGGCAUCUCAAAAACCUGGGUUUUGAGUUUGACCUCGUGUUCACGUCUCUCCUCAGCCGCUCUAUUCAGACUGCGUGGUUUGUGCUUGAGGAGAUGGGGCAGGAAUGGGUUCCCACCGAAGCUUCCUGGAGGCUGAAUGAGAGGCACUACGGCGCGCUGAUCGGCCUCAACCGGGCAGAAAUGGCUCUGAACCAUGGGGAAGAGCAGGUGAAAAGGUGGCGGAGGAGCUACGACGUCACCCCGCCUCCCAUCACAGAGUCCCAUCCUUAUUAUCACGAAAUCUACAGCGAUCGCAGGUAUAAGCAUUGCGAUGUACCCUUGGAAAAACUCCCAAAGGCUGAGAGUUUAAAGGAAGUCCUUGACAGACUCCUUCCUUACUGGAAUGAGAGGAUAGCGCCAGAGGUAAAGAGGGGCAAAACCAUUCUGAUUUCUGCUCAUGGGAACAGCACGCGGGCUCUGCUGAAACAUUUGGAAGGCAUUUCUGACGAGGCCAUUGUCAAUGUCACCCUUCCCACCGGCAUUCCGGUUCUUCUAGAGCUCGAUGAGGAUUUACGUCCGCUUGGCCAGCACCGGUUUCUGGGUGACCAAGAAGUAAUCCAAGCUGCCAUCAAGAAAGUGGAGGAUCAAGGGAAAGCCAAGCCUGGGGAGAAAUAAAGACCACUUUUUCCAAUGGGCUUGCUCAUCUGUUAUCAUAUGCGGAGAAAGAUAAUGCUUGGUGAUUGCACUGUACCCACUUUGUUUAAUUUUAAAUAUUCAGUAAUUGGUAGAUAAUGGUGGCUAAGUGUUAGCUCUUCACCUUUGGAGCCUUGAGGUAAAAUCCUAGUCCAAUAGAAAGUAAAUUCACUAGAUCUCAGCUCGAGCAACUGAAGACUGUUGCAUAAUCUUCCCGAAUCCUACGUGCAUUGGUGGGAUUAAAUGUUGUGUGCAAUUCCACGGUGUUCUUGUUUACUGUUUGAAUUGUGAAGCUGGCUUUGUGUGGUGGGAAAGAGCUUCUUCACUAUUUCAUGCUUUUUGGUUAAUAAACUCUUCCCCACGCACGCA